AUGGUUGAUUCACUUACCGGGCCUUCACAGUUCAGAGGCGAACACGAAUCUCUUGUAUAUGGUUCUAUACGAAAUGGCAUUUUUGAGGGCAAAGUUCAUACCAAGAACCAGACAUUUUAUGUAGAACGUACUCAUAAAUAUGGACUGAAAGAUCAACCAUAUCAUUCUGUCAUAUAUUCUGAAAAUGAUGUUCAUGAUCCGUAUGCUGCCAAACGAGAUAGUCAUGUAAGCGGAUGUGGUGCUACCGAUAAAAUAUUGCAGUGGAUGCAAGAAAUUAGUACAUCUGCAGUACCUGAUAAAAGCUCAUCCAAAGAAGACAAACAGCAGUAUGAAGAUAAAUUGUCACAGAAUUCAUUGCGGCAAAAAAGGAGUCCAAAUUUAUCAAGGAAUUAUCACAACAUAUACACCAGAGACGCACAACAGUAUACUUCAUAUUCAACAAAAGAAACCUCUUCAGAAAAGCGUGCAUGUUCACUUUAUAUUCAAACAGAUACAUUUUUAUGGGACCAUAUAAGAAAUUAUGAACUUUCAGAUACAAAUAUUAGAGAAGAAAUCACUUCUUUAGUAUCACAGCAUAUAAAAGCUGUGAAUCAUAUUUAUGAAAAUACAGAUUUUGAUGGCUUUCGAGGUAUUAAAUUUGUUGUUCAGAGGAUAAAGAUAAAUGAUUCUAGAGUUUGCGACUCGCGUAUGAAGCGGGCCAAUCCAUUCUGCUCACCAAACAUAGAUGUUUCAAAUUUUUUGAAUUUAAAUUCUCAGUUCAAUCAUGAUGAUUUUUGCCUCGCUUACAUUUUCACAUAUAGGGACUUUUCUGGAGGUACAUUAGGAUUAGCAUGGGUUGCAUCUGCAUCAGGUGCAUCCGGAGGUAUAUGUGAGAAGUAUAAAUCUUACACAGAAAACAUUGCUGGAAGACAAGUUCAGACAAAACGAAGUUUGAACACUGGCGUCAUCACCUUUGUAAAUUACAAUAGUCGUGUUCCUCCAAAAGUUUCAGAAUUAACUCUUGCUCAUGAGAUUGGUCAUAAUUUUGGUUCUCCUCAUGAUUAUCCAAAAGAAUGUAGACCUGGUGGUGCCAAAGGAAAUUAUAUUAUGUAUGCUAGUGCCACAUCUGGUGACAGACCACAUAAUAACAAAUUUUCAGAAUGUAGUAUUCACAAUAUUAGUGCUGUGUUACGUGCUGUAUUCAGUAAUGAAGGCAAAGAAAAUUGUUUUGAAAAGGACGAUGGGGCUUUCUGCGGUAAUAAGAUUGUUGAGGAUGGAGAAGAGUGCGAUUGUGGUUACGAUGAAAAAGAAUGCACUGAAAAGUGUUGUUAUCCUAAAGAAGUUGGUAACUUCUUAAUUCGUGGAGAAGCGGCUCUUCCUUGUCGUCUGCGACCCAAUUACAAAUGCAGUCCAAGCCGAGGUCCUUGUUGUGAUUCAAAUUGCCAGUAUGUGAGAGAGGGUCAACUUUGCAAAUCUGAAUCAGAUUGCACAAGGCAGUCACGUUGCAAUGGUAAUGCAGCGGAAUGUCCAAUGCCUGUGGCUAAACCUAAUCGAACCAUCUGCAAUGAAGGUACACAGGUGUGCUGGAAUGGUGAGUGCAUUGGUUCUAUUUGCCAGCGAUAUGACAUGGAAGAAUGCUUCUUGACAGAAGAGCAUCAAGCUAAACCUGAACAGAUGUGUGAAGUUGCUUGUCAAGAUCCUGGGAAAGAAAGUACUUGUAGAACUACAUAUGAGAUUUCGAAAAUGAAGAAUAUAAGUGGUAUUAAGUUGCGUCCGGGUUCUCCAUGUAAUGAUUUCAAAGGCUAUUGUGAUGUAUUCCAAAAGUGUCGAGCUGUGGAUGCUGAAGGACCACUUGCUCGAUUAAAAAAUCUUCUUUUUAAUCAGAAGACUUUAAUGACCAUUAAACAGUGGGUUACGAGCUGUUGGUGGGGUGUUAUGCUCUCAGUCGUGGGGUUUGCAAUAUUUAUGGGCAUUUUCAUAAAAUGCUGUGCCGUCCACACUCCCAGCAGCAACCCCAGGAAAGCCCCAGCACUCAGGAUACAAGAUACUUUAAGGCAUCCAGCCGAUACACUUCGAAGAAAACGGCACAGACCUCAGGGUCCACCGUCUGGACCUCCACCUCCAUAUCCGGGACCAAGGCCUUCAGCUCCACCAGCACCUGGACCAGCUAUUGCUGGACCCUCACACGGGUACGGAGAAGGGAGGGGCCAUUAUAAUCGUCGAGACAAAACUCAGUUGCCCCCCCCCACAAGGAACAAAAAUCGAGUAGAUGACCAUGCAUAUGUGUAUAGCAAAGGUACUGCUAUUGAAAUGAGGGGGAAAGCAUAUGCCUGACCCAUACUGUGCUUAGAUUCAAUUAUCGAAUGCCUUUUCUCAUCAGCUCAUCAUGGAUUUUCAUCCAUGAUGUUUUACAUUCUGUGAACGUGUCAGCACAGAAGUUAUUCUAUUAAUCAUUUUAACCUCUCCUAAAAAGAAUGUGAAUGGCAGCAGAACACAUCAAGAUGAAUAGAUGGCAGCAUUAUCGUCUUCUGUUAUUUAGCAUAUUUACCGGUGCUGUAUAUGGUAACUCUCAGAUGGAUGGAAUUACUGAGUAUGGGUGUGUUUUGCUACAUGGUUGCAUCAUUUUUGUAUGAUAGGAUUUUCAGAUGUUAAACAUAGUCAUUUGCAAAGCAUCUGUUGUUUUUCCAAUAUUCUGUGGAAUAUGUUUGUAGAGUCCAACAUACGCAUGGCCAAGAAUUUUGGAAGUACAACAUAGUUCCCAAGAUCUGCAUUGAGUGAUUGAAAGUAUCAUUAAUUUGCAUUAUGAUUUAUAGACAUAAAAAUAUACAUAUUGACUUAAAAGAAUGCAAGCUAAGUCAAACCUUAUAUUUCCUUUUAAAAAUUUAAUUUGUAUAACAUAUAGUAAUCAAUGAAUUAAGUAAACAAAUUUUCAUUAUAUAGUCAAGUUUUUUUUUUUUUUUUUUUUUUUUUUGUGUGUGUGUGUGGUGUGUAUAUAUAUAUAUUUCUUUUAUUUAGGCCUCUAUUUUGUAUUGUAGUUUGUAGAAGUUUUAAAUUAGCAAAUGUUCUGGGGAUUUAUGACCUGAACACUUUUUGCUUUCUAUGUAUAUGUGUGCGAGUUUUAUUAUUUUUUAAAGAAUAUAUAUGAAAUAUACUACUUACUUUAUUUUGGUUUAUAUAUCAAACUCAUUCAGAGUUCAAAGUAAUAAACUUUAAACAGUAGAAGAAUAUUAUUAAAAUCAUAUUUUAUUGAUACUGUAUAAACAAGUAAAAUUUUAAUUGAUAUUAUUUGUCUGUUUUGUAUUAUAUGUAUACUAAUGUAUUAAAUUAUAUGCAACAGAAUCUCAUCAUAACAAAUUUUGCAGUUAUAUCCCCCCCCAUUUCUCAGAAAAGACAAUUUUUAAAGACAGUUAUAGAAUAAUAGUUUUAAAUUAAAA